CAAUGCACUGCCUGCUGAAAGCGGCGUUCUCGUUUCACACCUGCCAUUUUGUUUCUUGCGAAGAGCUGAAAUGACGAAGGUUUACAUCGGCAGUCUCGGUGAUAACGCCUCUAAACGGGAAAUAGAAAACGAGUUUGGAUACUAUGGUCCUUUGAAAGAUGUUUGGGUUGCGAGAAACCCUCCUGGUUUCGCAUUUUGCAUAUUUGACGACCGCCGAGAUGCAGAGGACGCAGUUCGUGAACUCGAUGGAAGGUAUAUCUGCGGACAGAGAGUUCGUGUCGAGCUAGCGAAAGGCCCUUCCCGCGGCAGACCUCGCAUGGGAUCCAACGAGAAGUGCUACGAAUGCGGCAGAGUAGGCCAUUUUGCAAGAGAUUGUACAAGAAGACGUUACGGUGGUGGUCGUUCCAGGUCACCCUCGCCACGUGGAAGACGACGAAGCCGCAGCAGGUCACCUGUCAGGCGAAAAAGGUCACGCUCCCUUGACAGACGAUCACGGUCUCGCUCCAGGUCUGCUUCCAGGGAAAGGCGUAGAAGCCCUAGCAGAAGUCCUGAGCCCAGACGAGAGCGAUCCUUCUCAAAUUCACCAAAGAGAGAGAGGCAGAGCCCUGACCGAGAUGAUAGAAAUGGCGAUGAAGGCAGGCGAGGCAGCCGUUCCAGAUCCCCUCCACCAAUGAAGUCCGAGCCCGAGCAUGAUGAUUAGUCCUGCUCUUCUGCCAUCUGGCUACCAGUCUAACAUGGACCGAUCUUGCUUGCUAUUUCUAACAUAUUUCAAAAUAACAUAUGUUAUGCUAAACUAGGCUAUGUUGAUUUUUUACUAUUUAAUCUCUUAUUCAAUUUUGUGAUAAUCGCUUUCAUCAUAACCAAAGUGCUAACUGUAUUUUAAUCUCUGCCCAAACCUACCAUCAUUUCUGUGUUGAUUUGUGAACACCACUAUGUAAGUGAGUUGUUAACCCUAAUAGAACUAGGAUAGCGUUUUUCAAGAAUAAGAAUGCUACUUAGAGCUUACAGAUCAUUUCAUCGCUGUUGUGCAAACUUACACAAUUCAGGCAUGUGCCAAAGUAGUUUUAAAUUUGUAUUUAGUUAAUUGUAGUGAAAUAAAAUUUUGAUGUACUCUA